CGUCAGGGCCUUGCGAAUGAGCACACCUUGAGUCACCUGGGGAAAGGAGACGGCGCAGCCAGAUGGGAGGGCGCUCAGUCCGCGAAGGGAGGCCGUGCAGUUCUGGUGUGUCUCGCGCGGGGAGCGAGUCGUCCGGCUGUCACACUGGGGGAAGAAUCCGGGGGCCGCAUGGAGAAGGAGGGCCACUCCGCGUGGCCCAUGGGGUUGCUGAAAACCUUCGACGCCAGCGAGUUCGGCAGCUGGGAGAAGAUCGGCUCGGGAGGCUUCGGGCACGUUUACAAAGUCCGCCACAUCCACUGGAAAACCUGGCUCGCCAUCAAGUGCUCGCCCAGCCUGCAUGUGGAUGAGAAGGAGCGUAUGGAACUAUUGGAAGAAGCCAAGAAGAUGGAAAUGGCAAAAUUUCGCUACAUCCUUCCAGUCUAUGGCAUCUGUAAAGAGCCUGUGGGCUUGGUCAUGGAGUACAUGGAGACAGGAUCACUGGAGAAGCUCCUGGCUGCAGAACCGCUGCCCUGGGACCUGCGCUUCCGAAUCAUCCAUGAAACAGCUGUGGGCAUGAACUUCCUUCAUUGCAUGUCCCCACCUCUGCUUCACCUGGAUCUUAAACCAGCAAACAUACUGCUUGAUGGCCAUUAUCAUGUCAAGAUUUCAGACUUUGGAUUAGCCAAGUGCAAUGGCCUUUCACAUUCUCAUGAUCUCAGCAUGGAUGGGCUUUGUGGCACUAUAGCAUACCUGCCCCCAGAACGCAUUAAAGAGAAGACCCGAUACUUUGAUACUAAACAUGAUGUCUACAGCUUUUCCAUUGUUAUCUGGGGAGUUCUCACACAGAAGAAGCCCUUUUCAGAAGAGAAUAAUAUUCUACAUAUUAUGGUGAAAGUAGUGAAUGGCCACCGCCCAGAGUUGCCAGCUGUCUCCAGAUCCAGACCUCAUGCGUGUAACAGCUUGAUCAAACUGAUGCAAAAGUGCUGGCAGGAUGAUCCUAGCAAAAGGCCAACAUUUCAAGAAAUUACUUCUGAAACAGAAGACCUUUGUGAAAAGCCAGAGACUGAAAACAAGGAAUUGAUAGUUCAGGAGGACACCAAGGAUACUCGGACAUACCCCAAGGAGCUGCCCGGACUAUCCCAGCUAAAACAAGGGUCUGAACCUUCCUCAUCUAAGGAUUACAGCCUUUCGGAAUUGUUGUCCCAACUUGACUCGGGAAUUUCACAGACAGAAGAGCCUGAAGAACUCAGUCGUAGCGCUUCUGAAUCUAGGCUUGCUUCCAGCGACAAGCGGCUUUCAGGAGUGUCCUCAGUAGACUCUGCCUUUUCUUCACGCGGUUCCCUAUCACUGUCGUUUGAGAGAGAGAAUUCCGAAAGUGAUCUUGGUUCAACGGACAUCCAGAAAAGAAAGCUGGCCGAGGCGAUCACAUCUGGAGACACCGGCAAACUGAUGAAGAUCCUCCAGCCGCAGGACGUUGACCUGGUUUUGGAUGGGAACUAUAGCCUUCUGCAUUUGGCUGUUGAGUCGGGCCAAGAAGAGUGUGUCAAGUGGCUCCUCCUUUACAAUGCCAACCCCAACCAGACCAACAAGAGAGGCUCCACACCCCUCCACAUGGCCAUAGAGAAGAAGAACAAAAGCAUUGUGGAGCUGCUCCUGGCGAGGAAAAUCAACGUGAACGCUAAGGAUGAGGACCAGUGGACAGCACUUCACUUUGCUGCGCUGAACGGGGAUGAGCUGAGCACCAGGCUUCUUCUGGAGAAAAACGCCUCGCUGAACGAAGUAGACUUUGAAGGAAGAGCUCCCAUCCAUGUGGCCUGCCAGUAUGGCCAAGAGAACAUUGUGCGCAUCUUCCUGAGAAGAGGGGUUAAUGCGGAUAUCAAAGGGAAGGAAGGCUGGGUGCCUUUGCAUUAUGCAGCCUGGCAAGGUCACCUGUCCAUCGUGAAGCUUCUUGCCAAGCAGUCCGGGGUGAAUGUGAAUGCACAGACGGUGGAUGGGAGAACCCCUUUGCACCUGGCAGCCCAGAGAGGGCAUUACAGAGUAGCUCGUACACUUGUGGACCUGAAGUCGGAUGUCAACAUCAGAAAUGCCUCACUCCACACCGCGCUCCAUGUUGCUGCUGAAACCGGCCACACGGGCACUUCGAGGAUGCUCCUCAACCGGGGCGCAGACGUAGAAGCAACAACGGCCGAAGGCUGCACUGCGCUCCACCUGGCAGCCUGCAGGGGCCACUUAUCAACCACCAAGUUGCUGGUUGAAGAAGGUGCCAAUAUCCUGGCCAAGGGGCCUUCCAAGAGGACGGCGCUGCACUUUGCUGCUGGAAAUGGACACUGGGAAGUAGUAGAGGAGCUUGUCAGCCCAGAGAAUGUAAACGACCCUGAUGAGGAAGGCUUCACGGCUCUACAUCUAGCAGCGAAAGGCGGACAUCCACACACCCUUGAGGUUCUGUUAAAGCAUGGUGCCCUCACAUUUCAGACCCCUCUGCAGACGGCUAAAGAAAAUGGAUACAGUGCUGUUACUAUGCUACUCGGUGAGAGCUAAGUAAACAGACUGCUUGUUUGUCUUUUGACUUUCCAUGGAGACUCUGGGAGCCUGACGAUCAGGGUUUUUCCUCUGACUGCUCCUGUGUCAUGUGUAUGAGUCUGCUUAAAUUUGCAGGCGAGUCUGAGUUCUAUCCUGGCAGAAGCAGCAUUGUUGAUGUAGCAAUGCGUUCUAAUGAACAGAGGGAGCGUGGGAGCAGGAGCCAUGAAAUCCUGAGCAUGGAGCCUGACACUUUCCUGUGAUGUGCUGUUGAGCAAGCCAUAUGUAAAGACACUGUGUUCUUUCCCCGGGGCUUCAGCAGUGAGGGGGGGCAGGGGGAGUUGAUCUGCCCUGAAGAUGGUAUGAGGAGCAAUUUGCAUUGCAUUGCUUUAAGCGGACACUUGUUGCUUUCCGGAGAGAGUCAGUAUCUUAAUAUUUCAAUCCUCCUUUUUUUUUUUUUAACAUUCAGACAACUGAUGGGGAAGGUGUCUUCAGACAUCAUGCUAGGAUGUUUUUGAAAUUGAUUUCCUCACCCCCCCCACCCCGUUGCGUACAAAAAGUACUCUAGCAAUCAAAAUCUGUUUCACGAUGCGCAGGACUUUGUUGGAAAAGAAUGUAAGAAGUGCCUAUUUCAAAGCCACACAUUUCUGUGUUCUCAAAUUGUUGAGCUUUCCUUUCACCCUAGUCAGCAAGUCUUUGCAAUUAGAACUGUUAGCUUCCAAAAGUUAACUGAAGGCAGUAUUGCAUAGAAAUUAAUUGGUGGUGUAGAAUACACUGGUACGUACACACACAGUGGGCGCACAGCUUAGCGAUUGCAAACUUAACACGGGCUGGAAGGGAGGGCAAAUAAAUAAAGAGUGGGGGAAGUGCAUUAUUCCCCCCCUCUCCAGUUAUUUAUUUCCACCCGCACCUGUGCACCCAGUGGGUUUUCCUGCCAUGGAAAUUGCUUUCUAAGGCUUUCUUCCUAGGCUCUGAGAAGGUUGCUCCCAGGGCCCUCCUGAGACCUUCCGAGAACCCAGUUAGCAGCCCUGUGUCCCAAGGGGUGGGAGGGGCAUUCCUGGGGUUCCUGACUUUACACAGUGCUGCCUUUGCACGUGGACCCCCGGAAGCAAACCCUUGCGUAGGUGGCGGGCCCACUGUAUAGGCACACCCGAGGUGUGUUUAAAUUUCUUUAAAAGAUUUUAAAUGGUUGUAGUUUUUACAUGGUGUAGAUUAUGAACCACGUGUACAGUACUGCCUUGCCUUCUGAAUUUUGCUGUGUUCGGUAGCCUAAUUUAAAGAUAUACUGUGUAUAUAUAUAGUAUUUCAGUUCAUUGUGCCUCUUUUUCUACUGCAGAAAGUUGUGCCUCUUCAGACAUGGGUAUGUUUUAAUACGCCUUUUGUAAUGUUCAUAAUUUUUUCAAGUGUUCAAAUAAAGUCUGGUUCAUCAAUUUAAAAAAAGCUGUGGUUUGCCUGUAA